GUGGACCAGUCAAAACAUAACAGAUUUUAAGCGUGACCGGUAGGUUACUGGAAUUAUUGAUUUGACCGAAACAUGACAGAUUUCUUGAUGCAAAACCUCCAUCCCCUCUGACUCUGAAUUUGGGGAGGAAAAGCCAUUGGCUUGGAGCGCAUCAGGAAGUCCAAAACCGCUACGUUAGCAAAGGAGGGGCGGCGGAAUAACUGGAUGUGAGGAAAGAGAAAAAUACAACGAUCAACCUUUGAACCGCUUUCCUCCGUAUCCUCAUGGAUUCCUCAGACAGUGACAUGUCAUCCGUGCAUUUUAACCCUGGGCUGGACGUGAAAGAGGCGAACGGGGGGCCAGACACGGAGGCCCAGGUCAAGAUCGACGAUGGCAAGGAGGAAAAUGAUGAGCCGGACACCUUGUACAACCAUGUUCGAAAGAAGAUCGCUCCUUUUGUGAUGUCUUUUGGCUUCCGGGUGUUUGGUGUGGUGCUGAUCAUCGUGGACAUCUGUCUGGUGGUGGCGGACCUGGCCAUCCCCCUGGAGAGCAGAGCGGGCAUAGGGGACGCCCUGGAGGCUCUCUCCCUCUCCAUCUCCAUCUUCUUCCUGGUGGACGUGCUGCUCAGGGUCUACGUGGAGGGGUUCCAUGUGUACUUCAGCUCCAAGUUGAAUAUCGUGGACGCCGUCAUAGUGGUGGUGACCCUGAUCAUCACCAUGAUCUACGCCCUGUCUGACUUCUCUGGAGCCAGCCUCAUACCAAGAGUGUUCAACUUCCUGAAGAUGUUGAGGAUCAUCAUUCUAGUGAGAGUGUUCCGCCUGGCCUCUCAGAAGCAGGAACUGGAGAAGGUUACCAGGAGAAUGGUGUCAGAAAACAAACGGCGUUAUCAGAAGGAUGGCUUCGACCUGGACCUCACCUAUGUCACAGACCGAGUCAUUGCGAUGUCAUUCCCGUCUUCAGGGAAGCAGUCUUUGUACAGGAAUCCAAUCAAAGAAGUGGCAAGAUUUCUUGACGCCAAACAUCUGGACCAUUAUAAAGUGUACAACCUCUGCAGUGAAAAGGCCUACGAUCCGCAGAACUUCCACUACCGUGUGGAGCGGGUGAUGAUUGACGACCACAAUGUGCCCUCUCUAGAAGACAUGCUGAAAUACACGGCCAAUGUGAGGGAGUGGAUGUCGGAAGACUCCAGAAACGUCAUUGCCAUUCACUGCAAAGGAGGGAAAGGUCGUACAGGUACUCUCGUCUGCACCUGGCUGAUUGACAGUGACCAGUUUGAGAGUGCUCAGGAGAGUCUGGACUACUUUGGAGAACGCAGGACGGACAAGAGCAUGAGUUCUAAGUUUCAGGGUGUGGAGACACCAUCCCAGAGCAGGUACGUCGGGUACUAUGAGGUGAUGAAGACCAAGUUUAAACGCCAGAUGCCUCCUGAGAAGUUCAUGAGGAUACGGAGCUUCCGCAUACACUCCAUUGCAGGUGUGGGCAAAGGGAAUGCCAGUGAUCUCUCCAUCAAAAUCAUUGUGAAGAGAGAGCUCGUGUUCCAGUGCGUGUGUGCCAAGCAGGAGAAAUGUGCCCUUUUCCCAGACACAGGCAGCAAUGCAGUAGUCAUCAGCUUACAGGACUGCCCCGUUCUCUCGGGAGAUGUCAAGGUCAUGUUUGAGUCCAGCGCUGGUCUCCCGAAAGGAUACGAGAAUUGCCCGUUCUACUUCUGGUUCAACACUUCGUUUGUUGAGAACAACAAACUCUUUCUCUCCAGGGAGGAGCUGGACAAUCCCCACAAGCCAAAGGUGUGGGACAUCUACAAGGAAGACUUUGGUGUGACACUGUCCUUCAGUGAUCCUUGAGGAGCUGCUGUGAGCGGGCAGGUCCGCUUGUCCUUCAUUCUGAACAGGUCCCUGGGUGCAAAUCAUCUCCUCAAACUGGUGUCCUCUGACCUCGAUGCUUGUUGUUGACAGGCUUAAGUACUACUUAACUGGUUUUGAUAAAUAGAGCCCAAAUAGUACUUAAGUAUGAGGUGCCCCAUUAUACCACAUCACUGAAAGUUUAUACAUGUAGUAUUUUUUUGUGGCCAACAUACAAUAUUUAUUCUCACACAUGCAAAUAAAAUGAUGUGUGAUGAUGUGAGA